GGGGCGAGAUUUGUUCAGUGCACAUCGCUCGGGGGCGCGCAUCAGCGGCUGAGCUCAGCACGCGCGCUCACUGUUGCCGCUCGUUCUUUGUCCUCCAUUGCAGCUGGUGUUCACAGCUCCGACGCACCGCGCAGGCCCGAAGUAGCGCAGCCGCUCUGAGUGUGUUUGAGGGAAACUGUUUCGGGUGAUGGAAGACCACACGGUGCAUCAGACAGAACACAUGACCACCAUCGAGGCCCACGCUGUGUCACAGGUCGGGCAGGUGCACGUCGCCACGUACACGGAACAUGGCAUGCUGAGCGCGGAUGAGGAUUCGCCUUCCUCUCCUGACGAUGAUGCGUACGAUGACUCCGACAUCCUUAAUUCAACCGGGACAGAUGAGGUGACUGCGCAUCUGGCUGCUGCAGGGCCUGUUGGCAUGGCAGCAGCUGCCGCCGUUGCGACAGGAAAGAAACGGAAGCGGCCGCACAUUUUUGAGUCGAACCCCUCAAUCCGUAAAAGACAACAGACUCGACUGCUUAGGAAGCUGAGAGCUACUCUAGACGAGUACACGACACGGGUUGGCCAGCAAGCGAUUGUUUUGUGCAUCUCUCCAUCUAAACCAAACCCUGUGUUUCGAGUCUUUGGAGCGGCCCCAUUAGAGAAUGUGGUGAGGAAAUACAAGAGCAUGAUUUUAGAGGAUUUGGAAAAUGCCUUGGCUGAACAUGCGCCUCCUGGUGGUGGCGAGCUGACCUCUGAACUUCCUCCACUUACUAUAGAUGGCAUACCAGUGUCUGUGGACAAGAUGACACAGGCUCAGCUCCGAGCAUUCAUUCCCGAAAUGCUGAAGUAUUCCACUGGCCGCGGGAAGCCCGGCUGGGGAAAAGAGAGUUGCAAGCCUAUCUGGUGGCCGGAGGACAUUCCCUGGGCCAACGUACGGAGCGAUGUCCGAACUGAAGAGCAGAAACAGAGGGUGUCGUGGACACAAGCCCUGAGGACUAUAGUUAAAAACUGCUACAAGCAACAUGGGAGAGAAGACCUGCUUUACGCCUUCGAGGACCAGAUUACCACACAACAUAUUGCCACAACAACCACACACAGCAUUGCACACCUGGUUCCAUCACAGACUGUAGUGCAGACGAUCAGUAAUCCUGACGGGACGGUCUCGCUCAUACAGGUUGGCACUGGAGCCACGGUAGCAACAUUAGCAGACGCAUCUGAUCUACCUGGUACGGUAACAGUCGCCCAGGUGAACUACUCCACAGUUACAGAUGGAGAGGUGGAGCAAAAUUGGGCCACACUACAGGGUGGUGAAAUGACCAUCCAGACAACGCAAGCAUCAGAGGCCAAUCAAGCGGUGGCCUCAUUGGCUGAAGCAGCGGUCGCCGCGUCGCAAGAGAUGCAGUCUGGGGCGACGGUUACCAUGGCGCUCAACAGCGAAGCAGCAGCUCAUGCGGUGGCAACUUUAGCAGAGGCGACGUUACAGGGCGGAGGACAAAUUGUGUUAGCGGGAGAGACGGCGGCCGCAGUAGGAGCUUUAACUGGAGUUCAGGACGGCACCGGCCUCGUCCAGAUACCAGUCAGUAUGUAUCAGACGGUCGUCACCAGUUUGGCCCAGGGAAACCGACCCGUUCAGGUCGCCAUGGCUCCCGUCACCACACGCAUAGACAAUACGGUAACGCUCGACGGACAGGCAGUAGAGGUGGUGACGCUGGAGCAGUGACAUACUCUACCCCUGCAGCUGUCUGGGACGGGAUCCUCCGCGACUACAUAAAGGAAGUAGCUGCUGGAGUAUAUUGUAAAAAUAAUAUUAAAACCUGUUACCAAACACCUGCAGGGGGCGUAGGGGUUUUUCUUUUUUUGUAAACAAUUCAGUCUUAUUUUUUUUCCUAGUGUUGUUAAAGAUGUUAACGUUAAUUUUUUUUAGCUGGUGUUUCGCAUAGAUGAUUUUUUUUUUCCCAACAAAUACAGCAACCAAAAUUCACCCCUUAAAAAUUUAGUGGCAUAAUUUGUUAUUUUCCUUCGAUUUAAAGCAUUAGGUUUCUCACGAUGUCUCUGACACAUUCUCUUCUCAGUUUUUAAUUUUACCCAUUUGUAUAUAUAUAUAUCAUAUAUAUCUUGAACCAUCUUGUGCCAUAUUUGUAUGCUUUCAUUAAUAUAUUGUGUAAAGUAAAUAAUUUUAGUAUUGCAUCCCAUUACUCUUGACUACUGAGCUGAACAUGCAUGUAUUUUUGUCGGACUGUAAAACAUAAAAAUGUUCGUAUGCAUUUCACUUCCGAUGUAAAAAAAUCAAUCUUGACUGAUAAUGUGGUACUUAAUUGUUCACUCAGCUGUAGUUCUUUAUUAUAUUGUACUGUUAAUAGAUGACUGUAAAUGUUGACGAAUUAAUGACAAGCGGAAGAUGUAGCACUCCAUUUCUUUCAACUUUUUAUACAUCAAUAAAAAACUUUACAUAUUUGUUAGUAUUUUGGAAACAGCAAAUAUUAUCAAACUGUUGGGUAUUUAUUGUAAUUUAUUUUUCAUUCGUUUGGACACAAAAUGUUGAAAGAUAUGUCAAUAUAAAAUAUUUUGAGUGCUAAGUGACAGAACCAUAUUUGCUUUUUCUCUUACAUCUGGUUUUAGUUCUGUGUAUAAUGUAAUUUUGUGUAUUGGAUGUUCAUUUCUUGACAUGAUUUAGAAAAUUAUUUUUCGGUCUCUGCUUUGCGACACGCGUCAACAUUAGGUCGACUUUUUAUGUAAAACUUGUACAAUAUAAAGUUUGUUGAAACUUGAUGAUCUUGCUGUUAAGAGAAUAAUGGUGACAUUGAUGUGGCACCACAUGUCAGAGUUUGACUUUUUCCCCUUUUAUCCAUUCGUGGAAAUAAAAUGGCCACUAUUUAUAAA